AUGUCGUACGCUUUGGAGUCAAAGAAGCGCAAGUUCCACCGUCUUCUCGACUCGCUGUCCAAACCAUCUACCCCCGAGAAUACAUCUAAACCGACCCCCGCGGCGCCCGCAACGGCGCAAGACCGAAUCUCCGCCAACCUAUCAAUCAAGAAAGUACGCCUGAGCGGUGCCGAUCGAUCGGAUCUCACGGCAGUGCGCAACUCCAUAAACAAAAUCUCGAGACCUGCACAUCGACUAGCCUCGGCGAAUUCAAACAAACGCCCAACCUUUGUCCCUUGGGACCGCGAACGUUUCCUCGAGCGCCUAGAGACCUUCCGCCGAGUCGACCGAUGGACGUCCAAGCCGUCUCCCAUCAAUGAAGUACAAUGGGCGAAGCAUGGCUGGAUAUGUACAGAUGUUACGCGAGUCACCUGCGUGAGCGACUGCGGUGGCGCAGUCGUGGUGAAGCUGCCUGAUGAGAUUGAUGAACUGGAUGGAUUCGAUAUUGAGAAAGUGGAGGAGAGGAAGGAAGUUCGCGCGAAACUGGUGGACGAGUACGUCAAAAUGCUAAGUAAUGGUCAUGGCGAAAGCUGCCCUUGGCGGAACAAGAGCUGCGAUGCUACUAUUCAACAUCUCCCUUUGACGAACUAUGAAACAGCCCUAUUGGGACUGCACAAACGCUAUACGAAUAUCUCCAAGAUGGGUGAUAAAUUACCGGCUGAUGAUAUAAUACAAACCCCAGAAGGACUUGAACUUGAUAUUCUAAUCAAGGGUCUUCCUGACGAAUGGUUCAAAGAAACCGAAAGCCCUGCUGUCUCCACCAACGGCGAAACCGAGUCUGCCAACACCGAGAGCAAAGAGCCAACAGACACACCUCAACCAGUUAAUAAGGCAGCCCUGGCGCUAGCAGUGCUCGGCUGGGAUACUGCUUCCGAUGGAGCCGCUGGGUUAGUCGGAUGCGGAGCGUGCUUCCGUCGGCUGGGUCUAUGGAUGUAUAAGCCCAAAGACAACGGAGACGUGACUGUAUACACCGCCCUGGAUGUUGCCAAUGAGCACAUGGAGUAUUGCCCUUGGAUCGAUAAAGUAGCCCAGAGUGGCGCUGGCCGACCCCACGAGAAAGUGGCGCAACUCCGCGCCGGCUGGCAGAUUGUCGCAGAGGCCGCGAAGGUCAAACACCGCCGCAGACUACGCACCAUGGCCUCUGUAGACACGCUGCGACCUGGCACAGGUACGACAGACGAGUCUAUAGGCGAAGAGGAGAACCCAGACGCGAAGAAGAAAGCAGACCGUGAGUGGUGGGCUAAAAUCCGCCGCGUGAGACAGGUCUUGACGGCGAAGUCGCCAAAGAGGAAAGCUGUGCUUCCCGACAUACCUCAUUGA